AUGGCCGCUGAGCCUGCGCGUCAAGAUACCGGGAAGACUCCCGUGGAGCCCGAGGUGGCGAUUCACUGGAUUAGAAUCACCCUCACCAGCCGCAACGUGAAGCCUUUGAAGAAGGUAUGUGCUGAUCUGAGCAGAGGCACGAAGGAAAAGAAUCUCAAAGUGAAAGGACCGGUUCGGAUGCCUACCAAGACUCUGAGAAUAACUACAAGGAAAACUCCUUGUGGUGAAGGUUCUAAUAUUUGGGAUCGUUUCCAGAUGAGAAUCCACAAGCGACUCACUGACCUGCACAGUCCUUCUGAGAUUGUCAAGCAGAUCACUUCCAUCAGUAUUGAGCCAGGAGUCGAGGCUGAAGUCACCAUUGCAGAUGCUUAA